ACUUUCAUUUGUUUACAAAUUUGCGGCAAAAGCUUAUCAAAAUUCAUUCGUGUUUUCCUAACAACUUUGGCACUGUUGCAUCAAAAAGAUUAAAUUGUCAUGUAGAUUUGUUCCAGAUAAUUCUUAUUUUUACUUCAUAUACUGUUAUUAUUAGAUCCUUCUAAGAUUUAUUUACCUUUUUAUUUUAUAUUUAAAUAUGACAAAGGCGAAAGAUGUUAUCUUUGUUACAUUUAUACAUAUCUACUUAAUGAAAAUAUAAUCUUAAAGUUAUAGUAGCAAUUGAGAGUUAGCAGAUAUAAAAAGGCUCAGUUUUAAAUAGUUUGUCAACGUAUCAACUACUGUCAAGUUUUCUAAGCUGCUAAAUAAGCUAAAAUAAAUUUAGUUCUGAGGUUAUAUUAAAGAUUUUUCACUCGAUACAAACAAUAUGGAAACAAGAAAGUCAACAAGAUUAGCUGAAAAAUAUAAACAUUUACAGAUAAAUCAACAAAAUGCUUAUGCCAAAGAUCAAAAUAAACUUGAUCCAUUAGAAGGCAUUAAUAAUUACUUACAUCCUCUUAUCUUUCAACAUCUCAAUAUGUCUGAAAUAUUAUGUCUUAGUACAGUUUCAAGGCAAUGGUAUUAUGAAAUCGGCAUGUCAGAGCAAUGCAUGAACCGCAUGUUAUUGAAAAUCAACGUAAUACCACCACAUGGAAUUUUUAGCUUUAAAAAACUUCCCUCCAUCAAAACAAAGCGACAGAUAUAUUCAAAAUUAACCACUGUUAGGAAAACAACGAUGAGACGAUACAAAUACAUUUCCAUAAAUACUAAUAACGUUGAGAACAUCAGUUAUCAAGCAAUCAAAUUAGUUAUGGCAUUAGCACCUUCAGUAGUUCAAAUGACUUUGUUAAAUCUAAAAGUUCCACCAACAAGAAAACUCAAUUCUGUCAAAUUUCCUUCGCUCACAAAGUUAAUUAUAAACAACGCCGAUCCUUAUGUUCAAAGAAUUUUGUUUCAAGGCAUGACAGAUUUAAUUGAACUAAGAAUAUACGAACAUUUUGAUCCUGACAUUCAGCCUAUUUUGGCAUGUCUUAAGAACAACUACAAAUUAAAGGAAUUGUACAUUUGGAAUACUGGAAUUGGUGAUUUAUUCUCGACUUAUGAGCCAGACAGUUUUCAAUUUCAACUUGAAGACUUUUCAACUGGCUCCGAAGGAAUAAUUUCUAAUGAAGCUGAGACAAAUUUAAUGAAAUUUCUAGAUUCACAAAAGGAUACAUUGACGACUUUUUUCCUUCGCGUAGGCAUGUCGAUUUUAAGAAACAGUGUGGUCUUCGGAUUAUUUACAUUACCUAACUUAGUGACUCUCCACAUCAACUCAUACAUUUUACUCCAUAGAAUUUCAAUAGAAACUAACAGUAGUGUCAAAGCUUUUAAUUUUGGAUGGCAUAUUGCUUCAAAAGAAGCGACAAUGGGAGUUCUUGACGCUAUACCAGAAGUUGAAGUUAUCACUAUAGAACAUAUGACCAAAAGUUUUCUAAGACAUGCUGUUAAAAAUCUUAAAAAACUUUGGAGGAUUAGAUACACCAAAGGAAAAGCUUGUCAGAAAUGUUUCAACGCAAUAUUAGCAACAAGAAAAGAUUACUAUCCAAAAAUUCAACUUAUUCGCAUGGAUUAAGUUUGAUGACAUUGAUAUAUCAGAUGCCUUUACCUUUAAUGAAUGAUCGAUUUAAUUUUAAUUUCGUAGUAUAAAAGAUAAAUACAAAUUAUGACGAAAAAUACAAUCUUGCUGAUGGAAAUAAAAUUUUGUUUUUUUUUUCAAGAAGA